AUGGCCGACGCCCCGCUGCCCUCGUCGGCAGCAGCGGCGACGGCAUCCUUGAUGACCGCUGCCAGCUCAGCUUCACUACUGACCUCGGCAGCGCCCGCGUCGACGGCAAUCGGCGACGGCGGCCUCGACCCCCAUGGCCGCAAUCCCGUCCUAGCCCUCUUUGACGGCGUCCUCGGCGUCGUCCUCGCAUCCCUCAACCUCAUAAAGGUCCUCGUCACCUUUGCCACCAUCACAAUACCCAGCGCAGUCUACACCGUCCUCCACUACAGCCUCACCCUCCAGCUCAACUUCCCCUCGCUCGCCCUUCUCUUUCUCGGCUUCCUCAUCGCUGGCUUCGUCUGGCUCCGCUAUCGCCACCUCAACCGGUACGAGCGCCUCAGGGAGGUGCCCAUCAUCAAGGACGAGGGCUUCAACCUCCAUCCCGACGUCGCUUCGGCCGGCGGAGACGGCGACCGCGGCAGCUUCCACAACUACCUCGACGACUUUCUCCAGGCCAUCCGCAUCUUUGGCUUCCUCGAAAAGCCCGUCUUCCACGAGCUCGCCCGCCACCUCCAGACGCGAAGGCUCGUCGCUGGAGACAGCCUCUCGCUCGACUCCGACUUCUCCUUCUACAUUGUCAUCGAUGGCCACGUCGAGGUCUACGCGCCCCUACCCUCUGGCACCGCCGCAGCUCAAGAGGCAGACGCCUUCGAUGACGACGAGCUCAGCGGCUACCAGCUGCUCAACGAGGUCGAGAGCGGCGGAACCCUCAGCAGCCUCUUUACCAUCCUCAGCCUCUUUACCGAGGACGUCAAGCUCGGCUUCGGCGACGAGGCCGACCAGCAGCAGGCCGAGGUGGGCAUCAGCCGCCCGCCAGGCCAGAAUGGCCCUGGCUCGGUGCGCGGCGGCUCGGUCGAGAUGGACAGGUUGUCGAGCGCCGGACACUCGCGACGAUCGGCGCCGCUGCACCCUCAACGAGCUGCGGAUGCCGUCGCUAGUCCCGGUCUCGCACCCGGAUCCCCGCAGCCAUCGGCCUUCAACCAAAUUCCUCAGGGCGCCCAGCUUCAGCUCAAUGCGGCAGCCCUGCGCAACGUGCCCAGCGCCGUGGGCGCCGACGCCGCGGCUGAGCGGCUUGUGUCGCCCAACUUUCGAGCCACCGCGCCGAGCCUCGCCCGCUCGCACGUGCGGACCAACUCGUCUUCGGCGGGCUCGGUCACCAUCGACGGCAACAACAGCACCAUUGUCGGAUCGGAGCACGGCGACGAGCACGCAGGCAGCGGGCUAGGCCCAGCCCCGGACCUCCAGAUGCCUCCGGCUCAGGCCACCGCUCCGUUCCCGCAUUUCGCUCCAGGUAGCGGCGGCGUACGCACUCCCGGCACCCCGCACUCGAUGGCGGGCAGCGCGGCGCACCUGUCGCGCCAGGGCCUGGGCUACCUGCAACACGACGGCCACCCGACCACGCCCGGGUCCGUCUUUAGCGCAGUCGGCAGCGUCCCUGAACCGGGCAGGCCGAGCCACUCGAUGCCGCGCGAGGGUGCCGGUACCGUGGCCCGCGCCACCGUCGACACCACGCUGGCCGUCAUCCCUGCCGAGGCCUUCAAGCGGCUCACCAAGAAGUUUCCGAAUGCCGCUGCUCACAUCGUCCAGGUGAUUCUCGCCCGCCUCUCUCGCGUCACCUUCCACACAGCGCACAAGUACCUCGGCCUUACCAAGGAGGUCAUGAGGACGGAGAAGUCGAUCAACGAGUUCGCCUGCUUCCCGCUGCCAACCGAGUUUUACGAAAAGGGCGGCAUGGAGAAGCUGAGGCACCGCUUCCUACCCGAGCUUAGGCGGCACCGCCGCGACUCGACGGCCGACGAUGACUAUUUCCGCAAUUUCGAAGCCUGGCCCCAGCGGGCCUCGACUAGGACGCCCAAGCCCGACUCGCCCACGUCGAGCCGCAAGUCGGCGCGGUUCGACGACGAGACGCCCGUGGUCAUCAACGACGAGCCCGGGGCCGCCUCGCAACGUCCGUCGAUGGGCAGCGAGCAAGGGUCGUUCUGGCAGCAGCAGCCCACCAAGACGCCGUGGGGUCAUCCGGAUCCGCCUCUCCGCACUCCGAUGGCGCGUUCCGCCGUCGGCCCGGGCGACCUGCUGUCCAUGACGGGUGCUGGCGACGAAGGGUGGCGUUUCGGCUCGACGCCGCUCGCCUCUGCACAGCCCACCCCUCGCAACAAGCCGAGACCGGCGUCUCGGAUCGACCCGAUCGCCGAGCACCCGGCGACGAGCCCAACAUCGCCGACCGGCCUCGACGGCCGGCUGCGUCGGGGGAGCGGGGCGUUUGGCAGCGGCGACGACAACCUCUUCCACGGCAUCGGCCUCGCCGACUUUGACCUCAAGACCGAGGUCAUGGACUGCAUCGCCAAGAGCAUCGGCCUGGCGCAGGCGGCGCCCAGCCCGCUCACCAGCUACCAGGCGAGCCCCCACAUCGGCGCCCAGGACGCGCUGCUGCAACGAAGCGUCUUCAAGUCGGCCUUCAGCUCCCUCAGCAUGCUCGAUGCCGCCAUGGGCGUCGAGGAGGACAGCAUGACGGGCACCGCCAGCUCCAUCGUCGGCGGCCACCCGAACGCCUUCCACCAUACCGACUUUGAGAACGAGAUCGAGAUCAAGUUUUUCAGUGCCGGCGACACGCUGGCCAGCGCCGGCGAGAGCAAGGCCGGCCUGUUUUUCGUCAUCGACGGCUUCCUCGACAUUCUCCUGCCCAAGCAGGACGAGCUCGAGGACUCGGACAGCGAAGAUGAGCGCCCAGCCCGGAAGAGGCCCGCAGCGGCAGGCAAGGGUCCCAAGGGCGAUGACAAGAGGCAGCGCAGCGGGACCGCAGAUGCCACCAGCGCUGGCGGUGCUGCUGCCGGCGGCAUCCCAGACUCUGCCGGCAUCGACGACGACGAAGACUUGGAGCGUCCCCAGCCGAGGCAGAGGCGGAGCGCGGGUCAGAAGGCGUCCUACAUGGAGCGGGCCGACUCGGAGGAUGGCGGCCGCGUCAAGACGCUCAACCCGUCGGAAGCCGAUCGCUUCAACAUCGAACUGAGCGGCAACGGCCCGUCUCGCUCGUCGCUCACGUCUUCCGACCGGAAGCGCACGAGCCGCGACCUGUCGCAGGCCUUCAACCGCAGCGGCUCCAACCUCGGCACUCUGCGGCUGCCGAUCGGGUCGGACAAGGUCGGCAACGCUCUCGACGGCACCGCCGGCAAGCCCACACCGCGCGUUCAGCGGCCUGGCGCAGCAGGCAAGGCCUCACAGCGACUUGCUCCUCCGAUGGACCGCACCGGAUCUCGCUCGAGCAGCCACCGAUCCGGCAGCCACCGCGAUCGCGGCACGGCAUCGCCCGACCGCCGCGGCUCAGGCGAGCCCAAGGCGCUCUUCACCGUCGGGCGAGGAGGCAUCGCCGGCUACCUAUCGAGUCUGCUCGGGGCUGCCAGCUACGUCGACAUCAAGGCCAAGACGGACGUCUACAUCGGCUUCCUGCCGGCGCACGCGCUCGAACGCAUGAUGGAGAAGAAGCCGAUCGUCCUCCUGACGCUGUGCAAGCGUCUGCUGAGCCUGCUGUCGCCGCUGAUCCUGCACAUCGACUCGUCGCUCGACUGGCAGCAGGUCGAUGCGGGCCAGGUCAUCUAUCGCGAAGGCGACCGCGCCGAUAGCCUCUACAUUGUCAUCAAUGGUCGGCUGCGCGCCAUCACCGAACGCGAGGACGGCGGCGCCGGCGUCGAGGUGCUCAGCGAGUACGGCCAGGGCGACAGCGUCGGCGAGCUGGACGUCAUCACCAACUCGAGGAGGCGCAAGACGCUGCACGCCAUCCGCGACACUGAGCUGGCCAAAAUGCCCUCGACGCUGUUCAAUGCCAUCUCUGUGCGCCACCCGGCCAUCACCAUCCAGAUCUCGAGAAUCAUUGCGCGGCGGGUGCGCACCGAGCUCCGCCAGAGCCAGCGCAGCGCGGCCCGCCUCACCGCGCCGGUCCCCGGCCUGCCGGACCUGGGCAAGAACAACUCGAACCUCAAGACGGUGGCCAUCGUGCCCGUGACGCGGCAGGUGCCGAUCCGCGACUUUGCGGCGCGGCUGCAGGCGGCGUUUGAGGACACCAUCGGGGGGCCGACGGCGUUCCUCAACCAAAGCAGCGUCAUGGGCGUGCUCGGCCGACACGCCUUUAGCCGCAUGGGCAAGCUGAAACUAGCCGGCUGGCUGGCCGACCAGGAGCAGAAGUACCGACUCGUUAUCUACGUCGUCGAUACGCCGGUGUCGUCGGCCUGGUCGCAGACGAGUAUCCGGCAGGCGGACUGCGUCUUGCUGGUUGGGUUCGGCGACGACCCGACGAUGGGCGAGUACGAGCGGCUGCUGCUCGGGCUCAAGACGACGGCGCGCAAGGAGCUGGUGCUGCUGCAUCCGGAGCGCAGCGUGCCGCCGGGCUCUACGCGCGAGUGGCUCAAGACGCGGCCCUGGGUGCACGCCCACUUCCACGUCGAGAUGCCGGGCAUCUCGCGCAGCCACGCGCACGCGGUGCCCGUGGAUCCCAAGGCGGUCAAGGCGCUGCGCAACCUCAAGCAGAAGCUCGAGACGCGGAUCCGGCGCUACAAGGACCGGCGCAAUGCGCCCUUUGCCACCGCUGGCCGGCCGCACCACGCUUCCGACUUUGCGCGCCUGGCUCGCCGGCUGUGCGGCAAGAGCAUCGGCCUGGUGCUGGGCGGCGGAGGCGCGCGAGGCUGCGCGCACCUCGGCGUGCUCAAGGCGCUCGAGGAGCGCGGGAUCCCGAUCGACAUGGUGGGCGGCACGUCGAUCGGCAGCCUGGUUGGCGGGCUGUACGCGCGGGAGGCCGAGCUGGUGUCGAGCAUCGGGCGCGUCAAGCGGUUCGCCGGGCGGCUCGCGAGCCUGUGGCGCAUGGCGAGCGACCUGACGUACCCGGUCGUGUCGUACACGACGGGCCACGAGUUCAACCGGGGCGUCUUCAAGGCGAUCCAGGAGACGCACAUCGAGGACAUGUGGCUGCCGUUUUUCUGCAACACGACCAACAUUACGUGGAGCCGGAUGGAGGUGCACACGACGGGGUACGCCUGGCGGUACAUCCGGGGCAGCAUGACGCUGGCGGGCCUGCUGCCCCCGCUGGUCGACGAGGGCAACAUGCUGGUCGACGGCGGGUACAUGGACAACCUGCCCGUCUCUGUCAUGAUGGCCAUGGGUGCGCGCCACGUGUUUGCCGUCGACGUGGGGUCGAUUGACGACACGUCACCGCGCUUCUACGGCGACACGCUGAGCGGGUGGUGGGUGCUCAUCAACCGCUGGAACCCGUGGAGCGACGCGCGCAACAUCCCCAACAUCCCCGACAUCCAGGGGCGGCUGACGUACGUGUCGAGCGUCAAGACGCUCGAGGAUGCCAAGAAGAUCAAGGGCUGCUUCUACCUGCGCAUGCCCGUCGAGGGGUUCGGCACGCUCGAGUUUGGCAAGUUUGACGACAUCAGCAAAAAGGGCUACGACGCGGCGCGCACCAUGCUCGACGAGUGGGAGCGCGAGGGCCGGCUGCCGAGCGGCGUCGAAAAGGAGGUCGAGAUGGACGCCGGCCGCCGGAGGAGAAAGGGCGGCAUCAGUGCGCGCAGGAACAGCAUCUAG